UUUCGCUUGGCAAUUGGCCAAAAUCGAAGCAAAAACAAAGAAAGAAAAUUCGUCGAAUAGAUAUCGUGGAACUAAAUUCCUCAGCUAUCUAAAAUGGCCGAUAAUGGAGAUUUGUAUUUUUGUUGGACCAUAGUAGCGGCAGUUAUAGCAGGAUGUCUACAGAUUAUGGCAGCAUCGUAUCAACAUGCAUGUGAUGAGGCGGAAGGUGACAUUGGGAGUUCUGAUGCUUGUGGUGCGGCAGUACAUUUGAACAUUGUCACGGUGGUUCUUUUGAUUAUCAUAGCAGGGUUGCUUUCGGGGGUUCGUUUCUUUGUUACACAAUCGGGUCUCGCCGCCUACCGGAUUCCUCAUCCGGGCCACGAGAACCCCAACAAAAUGAAGAUAUACGCCAUCACGUUCUUGAUAAUUUCUUGGAGCUCUAUGCUAUUCGUUGGGAAUAAAGUUAUACAUUGUUGAUGGAUCGUGUACCAUGAACGCCGCCUAUCGCUAUAUGUUAGUUGGAGGAAUUGUUUGGCUUGUUGAUUGUGUCAUUGUCACUAUGGUAUAUUGCACCAUUUUUAAAUAUUUACUGUGACUGGUUUUCACCAUGCGCGUUGUACGUCUGAUAAAGUUAAUUUCACAUAUUAUCUUUGUUAGUCAAACAAUAUGAUAAUUCUCGUUUGGGACCAUUUCUUCUAUCCAAUUAAGUAUUUUGAUCUUGUUUCUUGUUGGCC